UAUUUAGGACAUGGCCCAAGGAAAAUUAAAAGUGAAAGCUAAAUUGCCAUCGACAGUAAAAGAAAAAGAUAAGAAGAAAAAGAGUCUUGGUAUUCAAAGACGAAAUAACGCACCUAUCCAACCUAAAAAGAAGAAAUUUGAAGAAAUACAUAAGUUAAAACAAAUGAUUACAAAAUCAGUUAACAAAGCAAUGGAAAAUGAAUUGAGAGAAAAAGCUUUGGAAGGAAAAAGAUCACUUACUAAGAAGGAAACAGUUGCUUUGAAAAAGAAAUAAUUUAUGGUAUUAUUUUAAGAUUGAUACUAAAAAAGACUGUUCUUUAUUUUACUGAAGUAAUAAAUGUAAUAUAAAUAAAGAUUUGUAUUAUAAA